GUUUUAAAUCUCAGCCUUCUCCUGUGAUUCUCCAUUCUUCUAUACACAAUGGCUCCCAUUACAGACGAUGCCGUUCAUGGCCUGAAGGACAUGAUCGGAAAGCUGGAGGCGCGCAUUGAGGACUUGGAGAGUCGCCUGAGUGGAGCUAGCAGCUCCAAGCCCAAGAGCAUUGCGGAACACAUGCGCAUCAUCCUGAUGGGACCUCCUGGUGCUGGCAAGGGCACUCAGGCCCCUAAGAUCAAGGAGAAGUACUGCGUGUGCCACUUGGCUACCGGAGACAUGCUGCGAUCGCAAGUUGCCAAGAAGACCGAGCUCGGAAAGGAGGCCAAGAAGAUCAUGGACCAGGGCGGUCUGGUCAGUGAUGAGAUUAUGGUGAACAUGAUCAAGAGCGAGCUCGAGAACAAUGUCGAGUGCAAGAACGGGGCCAGUUUCAUCCUCGAUGGUUUCCCCCGUACAGUUGCUCAAGCUGAGCGCCUGGACGACAUGCUUAACGAGCGCAACCAGAAGCUCGGGCAUGCUGUUGAGCUUCAGAUCGAUGAUGCUCUCCUGGUUGCCAGAAUUACUGGCCGUCUGGUCCACCCUGCUUCCGGACGUUCCUACCACAAGAUCUUCAACCCGCCCAAGGAUGACAUGAAGGAUGAUAUCACUGGCGAGCCUUUGAUCCAGCGCUCCGAUGACAAUGCCGAUACCUUGAAGAAGCGUCUCGCAACAUACCACGAUCAGACCUCCCCUGUUGUCGACUAUUACAAGAAGACUGGUAUCUGGAGGGGCAUCGAUGCCAGCCAGGAGCCUGGUCAGGUGUGGAAGAGCCUUCUGGGUGUUUUCCACAAGAACUAA